AUCCCAGCCCUUUUCCUUGGUGCAGAUGCCUUUUGGCUAAACAGAAGGAGCAAAUUUCCCACACUGCUCCACAGAAACCUGAGUGGCCUCUGCUCUAAGCUUCCCACUCCUGAACUUCAGUUUCCUGAAGAGGAGUGUUAAGAUUGGGCACAGAUCUGGUCCCCAGCUCUGGCUCUGGCUCAUCAUGUGCUCAUGGCUUCUCCCAGGCUAGCACUAAGCAGUGUCAUGAGUCUGGGCCAGAUGAGAGAUUAAUUCUUGGGGUCAUUUUAAGACUGAGAAAGAAUGACAGGUCCAAGACCACCCACAGAGAAAGGCAGCUGCCACCCUUGGCAGUUCCCACAUCCUGGGAGACACAGGAAUAUCUAUUCCAGGUCAGCAGCCCAGGCUGAGAAAACCCAGAGUGGGCCUGUGCAGAGCUGACCUGCCAGAAAUUCCUGUCAGCCAGAUAAGCUCCAGCCUCUUGGCUCCUCCUCCUCAGCACCACCCCCUCCCCCAAUUACACAAACACUUAACACUCCUGCUCCACACAGGAGUCCACCCACUCCAGACUUUGGUCUUAGCUGUAACUUGUGUGGAGCCUGGGCAGACCAGAAGCAAAGUCUAUUCAACAGAAGCAAAAGCAGUAACUUCACACAUUGUAAUAAUACCUGACAGCUUUCCCCAGAGGAGGUAAGUGGGGUGUCGGGAGCAGAGGGUGCUAUGAGACUAGAUAGGAUGAUGUAUGUCGAUAGCACAAGCUUUAAGCUUUGAGUAUUGUCCUCACACAUUAUCCCUUUGAUCUGCCACAACACUGAGGUAGUUCUGGUAGGUAUUAACCCAGUUUGGUAAAUGGAAAAAUAAGUUCAGAUAUAAACUGAAGAUGCUCAGCAUCUUACAGCAAGUUUAAGGCCACCAGGCCUGAAACACAGAGCUCUUGGCCCAUAUAUGGUUCCAAAAAUAAGUCUCGGGGUGCAUUUAGAGAGUUUAGGUGUUCCUCGUUUAGAGAGAAGGUAUGAUGGCAAACCUGGUCCCUCUGCUCCCACAUGGCAGGUCUACAUGAGACCUGCUCAUUGGUUUUAGUUCAUUAGCCACAAAGACAGUGUUUACCCACAUCUGUUUUGCACAAUAAGCUGUAACUUGCCAGUCAUCUGCCAAGCAGAUAGUUUCUCAAUCUGCUCAGACCAGACUCUUCUAGCUAAGAUGUUAGGGCUUGAGGGACGGUAAAUGACAAGUUUCCUGCCCAGCCUUGGCUGCCACCUGCAGAGCACCAGGUCCAGCCAUGUGGCUGCCUCUGCUGCUGGGAGCCUUGCUGUGGGCAGUGCUGUGGUUGCUCAGAGACUGGCAGAGCCUGCCUGCCAGCGAUGCUUUCAUCUUCAUCACGGGCUGUGACUCAGGCUUUGGACACCUUCUGGCAUUGUGACUGGACCAGAGGGGCUUCCGAGUACUGGCCAGCUGCCUGACCCCCUCUGGGGCAGAAGACCUACAGCAGAUGGCCUCCUCCCGCCUCCACACAGCCCUGCUGGAUAUUACUGAUCCCCAGAGUGUCCAGCAGGUUGCCAAGUGGGUAGAGACACACGUUGGGGAAGCAGGGCUUUUUGGUCUGGUGAAUAAUGCUGGUGUGGCUGGUAUCACUGGGCCCACACCAUGGCUGACAAGAGAUGAUUUCCAUCGAGGGCUGAACGUGAACACAUUGGGUCCCAUCGGGGCGACCCUUGUACUGCUGCCCCUGCUACAGCAGGCCCAGGACCGGGUGGUCAACAUCACCAGUGUCCUGGGUCACCUGGCAGCCAAUGGAGGGGGCUACUGUGUCUCCAAGUUUGGCCUGGAGGCCUUCUCUGAAAGCCUGAGGUGGGACGUGGCUCCAUCUGGGGUACGAGUCUCCAUUGUGGAGCCCGUCUUCUUCCAAACCCCUAUGACCAACCUGGAAAGUCUAGAAAACACUCUGCAGGCCUGUUGGGCCCGGCUACCUCCAGCUACACAGGCCUGCUAUGGAGAGGACUUCCUUACCACUUAUCUACAAGUGCAGAGACACAUCAUGAACCUGAUCUGUGACCCAGACCUAACGAAGGUGACUAGCUGCCUGGAGCACGGGCUGACUGCUCGUCACCCCUGAACCCGCUACAGCCCAGGCUGGGAUGCCAAACUGCUCUGGCUGCCUGCCUCCUACCUUCCAGCCGGCCUGGUGGAUGCUGUGUUCACCUGGGUCCUUCCCAAGCCUGCCCAAUCAAUCUACUGAGCCUUCCAGCAGAGAGACUGGUUUUCAAGGGCAAGGACAUUCAUUUCUGUCCCCAGCCUGGUACUACCUUGUUCCUGGGACAAAAUAGGCACUCAAUAAAUAUGAAUUGCUUUAAUUUUUUUUUAAAUAGUCAAAUGAAGGUGUCCGGUGAGAGUCAGACAAGAUGUAAGUGCUAACUAAACACCUCUAAGCUACCCAAGGUCUCUGGCCUGUUUAGUGCCUGCAAAACCAGCUAUUGUCCACUGGGGGGCAUAAGAAACUGCCUUGCAUCUACAGAUGAUCUUUGGAGCCACACUUGGAGGCAUGGCCACCAGAGGGCACUUUUCUCUGAUUUUCUACAAGGAGUAAUGUUACAAUUCUAUGUUUGCACCAGGAAUGGCUUUAUCUAAUUUGCCUGGGAGUAGGAGAGAAGGUGAUGAAAAAGGGUCAGAGCCAGACUGGAUAGUUUCCAAGGAAGAAGGAAAUACUUAAACUCUCUUACUAUACCUAAGGCAAGAAUCAGGGACACUGGGCACUCAGGUCCCAAGCAACUUAUAAACUAUUAUGGAAGGAGCCAGGUCUCCUUGAAAACUACAGAGCGAGUUUGCUGGGCUCACAAGGUGUGAAGAGGGCCCCAAAGCUGUCCAAAGUAGAUAUGGGCCAGGAUCUACCAGCAGAGGCCCUUUGUAAGAAAUCCCUUUGAUGGCUUCAUGAAUGUUCUAGGAACACUGUUUGAAGCCUAAGCCAGGAGGGGACAGGGAGGGUACUCAGACACAGCUUCCUUGGAUCCCCACUUCUCUCACUGCCAACC